AAUUAUUGUUAUUAGAUGGUAGCUGUCGUUUGUUGCCAUUAACGAGUCUUAACUCCGAUCGCUCGCUUGUGCGCAUACUCGUACUUUGGAACAAUAUUGUGUUUUGUAAAUAUUUCGAUAAAAUGGUGAUUCACAACAUUCAAAUUGGCCUCGAAAAUAUGAUACCAGAUUUGAAUGUGCCGAAUGGAGGGAAAGAAGAGCGCAAGGGCAAUGUCACAUAUGCGAUAGACGACGUGCCGCCCUGGUAUCUUUGCAUAUUCAUGGCAUUACAGCACUAUUUGACCAUGAUAGGCGCAAUCGUGGCCAUCCCAUUCAUAUUGUGUCCUGCGCUCUGUAUGGCGGAAACCGAUCCUGACCGCUCCAACAUAAUAUCUACAAUGAUAUUUGUUACAGGUCUUAUAACGUGGCUGCAAGCGACAUUCGGCUGUCGACUGCCAAUAGUCCAAGGUGGUACAAUAUCAUUCCUGGUACCAACGUUGGCUAUCCUUGGUCUACCGACGUGGAAGUGUCCCGCUCCUGACAUACUUGAAGCUAUGAACGUAGACGAAAGGAGGUCUAUCUGGACAGUGAGGAUGUGUGAGCUGUCCGGCGCUAUUGCUGUGGCGUCGCUCUUUCAAGUCGUUGGAGGUUACUUCGGGAUAAUAGGUUCUCUGCUUCGCUUCGUGACGCCGCUAACGAUUGCACCAACAGUCGCGCUGGUUGGACUGACGCUGUUCGACCAUGCGGCGGAGGCUGCCUCGCAACAGUGGGGCAUAGCAGCGGGGACGUUCAUUCUGCUAACCAUUUUCUCUCAAUGUAUGGGCGAAGUCAAGAUCCCGAUACUCGUAUGGAAACGUGGCGUCGGAUGCACGGUCACUUGGUUUUCACUCUUCAAGCUUUUCCCGGUUUUGCUCACAAUAGUGAUAAUGUGGGUUGUUUGCGGAAUUCUAACGGCUUCCGGAGCAUUGGAUGCAGAUCACCCCGCGCGCACCGACAUCAAGCUCAACAUCAUCGAACAGGCGCCGUGGUUCAGGGUUCCUUACCCAGGUCAAUGGGGAGCGCCUACUGUGAGUGUGGCUGGUGUUUUGGGAAUGCUGGCUGGCGUUCUUGCCUGUACCGUCGAGUCCAUCAGCUACUACCCUACAACUGCAAGGAUGUGCGCGGCUCCUCCUCCUCCCCUACACGCUAUCAACCGCGGGCUUGGCACGGAAGGGUUCGGCACGCUACUGGCGGCGUUAUGGGGAGCUGGAAAUGGUACCAAUACUUUCGGAGAAAACGUUGGUGCUAUAGGCGUUACGAAGGUGGGGUCACGGCGCGUGGUGCAGUGGGCAGCGGCAUUGAUGGUACUGCAGGGUGUGAUCGGGAAACUAGGCGCUGUAUUCAUCCUCAUUCCACAGCCCAUCGUGGGUGGUCUCUUCUGCGUCAUGUUUGGCAUGAUCGCUGCAUUUGGUCUUUCUGCACUUCAGUACGUUGAUUUAAACAGCUCCAGGAACCUAUAUAUCAUCGGAUUUAGUUUGUUCUUCCCGUUGGUGCUGACUCGCUGGAUGUCAGCUCACAGUGGAGUAAUUCAGACUGGCGUUGAAGCUCUGGAUGCGGUUUUACAGGUGUUGCUGUCAACAUCUAUCCUCGUCGGAGGAUUGGUCGGCUGUCUUCUAGAUAAUUUAAUUCCCGGCAGCGUUGAAGAGAGGGGCCUCGACGCUUGGGCGAAGGAGAUGUCUCUGGAAUGUGUGCAGACGGAGGGGGGCGACACCUACGAUUUCCCCAUCGGCAUGGAGUUCAUACGCAGAUGGAAUUGGACGAGCUAUCUGCCUUUCAUGCCGACUUACGAACAAGGAAAAUUCACAGCGCUCUUCACGAGAAAGAAGGAGUUAUGAGAUUGAACAUUGUUCUCGAUAAAUAAAAUAAUAUUUUCGGUUCGAAAUCUCAAAAGCUUGUACUGAAUGAUGCUUGGGCCAUAUGUGAUAAUUAUAGAAAUCGUAGGUGAAAUUGUUCUCCAUACAUUCUUCACUUUCAAUUUAGCCAAGGAGUUCAAACGACGGAAAUUUUGGGUUAACUCGGGAAAGAAAUUUUGCAUCUAGAAUCAGAAUCCGAAUAUUACGUCACGUGUGUAUUGGUGAGAGGGUGUUUGAAAACUAAGUAUGAUUUUAAGAAACAGAUUUCAACUGAA